AUGGCGUAUUUUUUUAUGAACUUAUCGUCGCCGGAUGUGAAUGCCAAGUUCCCGUUUAUGCAUAGAGUGCUAAUAAGCGCAACAAUCCGGAACACGUUCAUGUACUUCAUGAUGGCUGAAUUAAGUAUAUGGCAAAAUCAAUGGAAAGACGAUGGACAAAAUAGCACAGUGAAUAAACCUCAAACCGCUAUUGAGACUUUACCUUAUUGUACAAAUAUUGUGCCUAAUAUUAAAUUGCUUUUACAAAUAUUCACAACUCUUCCUGUUACAACAGCUACGCCAGAACGUACUUUUUCUACCUUAAAACGACUAAAAACCUACUUAAGAUCAAGAAUGACUGAAAAUAGACUAAAUGGAUUAGCUUUAGUGAAUAUAAAUAAAAAAGAGGUCAUUUCAGAAACUGAAAUUAUUGAGGAUUUUGCAGAAAAAGCACCAAGAAAAUUGCAACUCAUAGAUUGGUCAAAAUAA